CAGUUAAACCCGAUUUGUCCACUCCAUCUAUUGUCAAAUGGUUUAAUAAUUCCUUGUGCUUAGUUUGAAGCAAUAUUAAAUUCUGGAUAAAGAAAAACUCCAUUGAUGAGGUAUGCAGCCCACUUGUCUUCCCCUUCCCUAAAUCUGUAUUAAUACAUCACACAUAUUUCAUUCCGAAUUUCCUAUGUUCUAAACGUUUUGAGUGUUCAUCAAAUGCAGGAAUUCAAGACUGCAGAUUUCGUCUUACAGAUGAUUGCUUUAGUCAUUUUGUGGCUAUAAUAUUUUUCGAAGAUUUCUAGAGUUCUUCCUGAUUCUUGAUAGAAUAAUGUCUAUGCCAUUGAUUACUGCGAUUGUUGUUUUUGUUCUUCCUUCUGUUGCUAAUCUUAAGAUUCGAUCAGUUAUGCUAUCAUUUUGGUUUGCUCUUGCCACUCGACCUCCUGGCCUCGACCCGUAACUUUGUUUUUUGUUUUCCAGAGACUGUUAAAUUUGCUUCUGCCUUUUGUCCUUACGGAGGCAGAAAUUGAAACAGGUUUACAUGUAGGCAUGCUUCAUGCUCUGAUUUCCUAAAACGCAUGAAGCAUUUGUUUUCUUAAUCACUUAUCUUUUAAUCUGCAUACUUAGAUGAUUCUUGCUGAAAAUUCGCAUAUGGAUUUCGAAGAUCUUUAUGGUAUGGCCUUCGACUCAGCUUGUGGCGUAUUCUCGGAUCGUUCCACAAUUGUUAAUCAUCCACUAGUUUUCGACGGUGAGAUACAGCAGCCGGUGAAGGAUUCCAGGAAGAGAAGUGUGGUUCCGGAGACGAAGACAGUGGCUGCUUUGAAGAGCCACAGCGAGGCCGAGAGGAGAAGACGAGAAAGAAUCAAUGCACAUUUGGACACCCUUCGCAGCCUCGUACCAAACAACGGAAAGAUGGACAAAGCUGCAUUGCUGGCCGAGGUCGUCAGCCAAGUGAAGCGACUGAAGAUGGCUGCAGCACAGGCAAGCGAAGGUCUGCACAUCCCGACAGACAGUGAUGCAGUCGAGGUCGCCGUUGUGGAGAAUAAUGUCGGCGAUGGUAAUGGCGAGGUGUUGCUGGAGGCUCGACUUUGCUGCGAGUACAGACCGGAGCUCCUGGCUGAUAUAAGACGGGCGAUGGAUGGGCUCCCGGCGCGCGUUUUGAAGUGCGAGAUUUCGUCGUUGGGAGGUCGAAUGAAGACUGUGUUCUUAGUAGCGUGUGAUGGCAGUGCCGCAGCUCGGGAAUGUGCGGCGGGAUCGGUCCGCCAGGUUUUCGGAGACGUUCUUGAUAAGGUGUCGGCAUCGGCGGAGUAUGAUCGGUUGGUUUUCCCCCGGAAAAGGCAGAGACUGUCUCUACCGUUUGAUUCUUGAAGCUUGGUAAGGUGUGACCUUUUUACAUGUCGAAGCUCUUGCUUAGUUAUUUACAUAAGCUCGAGCUCGGAUUUGUUUGUUUAAAGUUUGGGUUUGGGUUUGAAAUUAAUAAAAGUUUUUAAUUGAAAUCA